CUGGCCGACUGCGCUCUCGACACAACAACGCGAACGCCAUCUUUAGCUGACAAGCAAACUACUGUAGCAGAGUUGUGACAGGAAACUAGGUCAAGCGCUUAGACUCGAAAACACUUCAGGAAAUCUCGAUUCUAAGGCUUCUGGUGUGCAUUUGCCAGCCUUCGACACACCGUGCCGUCGUAUGGUCCAAUGUUUUUGACCGGUCGACCCGCUCCGACGCAGUUUUCGUGUUUCGGUCCCGGUUGACGUUGAGUUAUCGCCCUUUUCCGACAAACAGCUGACGGAGGUUAAAACCAGGAUGAAACGCAGUCUCCCAGGAAAUGAACAGGAGGACGGAGGUGGUACCAGCGGCGGGUCUCAGAUGACUCUUAAAAGGUCCCGUAAGCAGAGGAGGGAGAAAGAUUUAGAGAACGAGGGAGUUUGCUGGGAAUGUCUGCCACAGGAGAUUUUGCUUCACAUCUUCCAGUACCUGCCUCUACUGGAUAGAGCAUAUGCUUCUCAGGUAUGUCGUAGUUGGAACCAGGCUUUUCACAUGCCGGAGCUUUGGCGCUGCUUUGAGUUUGAGCUGAACCAACCUGCCAGCUCCUACCUGAAGGCCACACACCCAGACCUCAUCAAACAGAUCAUUAAGAGGCACUCCAACCACCUGCAGUAUGUCAGCUUCAAGGUGGACAGCAGCAGAGAGUCUGCAGAGGCAGCGUGUGACAUCCUCUCUCAACUUGUCAACUGCUCCUUGAAAACCCUGGGGCUCAUCUCCACUGCUCGACCGAGCUUCAUGGAGCUACCCAAGUCUCAUUUCAUCUCGGCGCUGACGGUGGUUUUUGUCAAUUCCAAGUCCUUGUCCUCACUGAAGAUUGAUGACACACCCGUGGAUGACCCCUCCCUCAAGGUCCUGGUGGCAAAUAACAGCGACACAUUGAGACUGCUGAAAAUGAGCAGUUGUCCUCAUGUUUCACCUGCAGGCAUCCUAUGUGUGGCUGAUCAGUGUCACGGCCUCAGAGAACUUGCUCUCAACUACCAUUUAUUGAGCGAUGAACUGCUUAUUGCCCUGUCCUCAGAGAAGCAUGUUCAUCUGGAGCAUCUUCGCAUCGAUGUGGUCAGUGAGAAUCCCGGCCAGCAAUUCCACACCAUCAAGAAGAGCAGCUGGGACGCCAUGGUACGCCACUCUCCCAAAUUUAAUCUGGUCAUGUACUUCUUCCUCUAUGAGGAUGAAUUUGGGCCUUUCUUCCGAGAUGAGAUCCCUAUCACACAUCUGUACUUCGGCCGCUCCGUUAGUAAAGACGUGCUCGGCCGUGUUGGGCUCAACUGUCCUCGUCUGGUAGAGUUGGUGGUGUGCGCCAAUGGUCUGCGGCCGCUGGAUGAAGAGCUGAUCCGCAUUGCUCAACGCUGCAAGCAGCUGUCGGCCAUCGGCUUGGGAGAGUGUGAAGUGUCCUGCAGCGCCUUCGUGGAGUUCGUCAAGAUGUGUGGAGACAGACUGUCACAGCUAUCCAUCAUGGAAGAAGUACUGGUUCCAGAUCACCGCUACGGGUUGGACGACAUCCACUGGGAGGUGUCGAAGCAUUUGGGCCGUGUCUGGUUUCCAGACAUGAUGCCUACCUGGUAGAGCUCUGGAAGAAGGUACAGAUGUGUGUGUAUACUGUCUGGAAGUCUCCGCCCCUUUACAGCCUUUUGUUUUAAAGAAAACCAGAUUCCCAAUCACAGUGUUGAUUUCCCUCUAUGAAUGCAUGAAGAAGUGUACAUCAAGUUCACCUGAUAAAACAUGUUUUUUUUAAAAACAUUGAUUUCUACUCUGCCAGGCUGUUCCAUGUAUAUGGUUUUAUAUUUAUAUGUGUAUGUAUAUUUAUGUUUAUAUUUAAAUUUAUUUGUUUUAUUGCCCUCAUAGAAUGAAGCAGUUUGUUGUGAGCCCUGUGUGAAGGGUAAUAACAUCCUGCAGAAUCAUUAUGUGUAGUGCCUCUAGACUUGAAUUUAGAGGUGUCAUCAUUGCAUGAGAAUUGAUGGAAAUGUCUGGGAAUUAUUGAAGGUGAAGUUUUGGAGGUUAAUGCAUGUAAAUAAGCUAUAUUUACUGUGUAAUAUGCUGACAGAAUCAUAAACAUUUUACCAUAUCGUGAGUGGGGUUCAAGUCUUGACUUGACCUAACAGUUAUGAAUUAAAACAAAUCUCUCACCCCAUAGCAAUGUCAUCGCUAAGCAGUUCUCAAGUUCAGGCAGUCAGGGGUGUGCGGUGUAAUAAUCUUCACUUGUCACUGGAAAAUGUACAGUAACGUGUAGAGGGUUAGAGCAUGUCUAAAGUCCCAUUAUAGGGGCGUGAUCACCAUUAUAAGCUAGCAUCUGUUGAUAUUAAUCAGUGAAAUCUCCAAAUCUAAGGUUUCUAUGUUGCAUAAUGAAUUUAGAGUAAUAAUGUAUGAAAGACUUCAACAUAAAGGGACAGUUUUGGAUGGAGAGGUUGGAGAGGUAGAUGAGGAAUAGUAACAGUGUAUAAGGAUGUGUUUGGUUACUGUUUCCAUGCUUGAUCUUCUUUAAUUGUUAUUAUGUCACUUUUUUAUGUCUUUGAAUGUGUUUAGAGGGUAGCGCAGAGUCACUGCAUCCCAUUUACAAAACAGCUGUCUCUUUUCCUGUCUGAUUAGGACAGGACUAAAGACACCUUAUUGAAAGGUGGUUCUCUCAAGUGACUUUGGCCACAAUCAUUGCAGUAUAUAUAAUGUAUAUAUAAUAUAUUUUUGCGUGUAAUGUACAGUAACUACAUAUAUGCCUGCAUUGCCUGACCCACGUUCCUGUUGUAUCUGUAAAUUGUAAAGUGUUUCAAAGCUAAUGGGAGGGGGACAUUUAUUGUGGUUGUCAUGUAUGUAUAUACAGUAUCUGUACAUUUAUCCUACUGAUGCACUUUUACUCUAUUGAAGUAUGGUAAGUUGAGUGCCACAAUGGCAUUUUUUUCCCCCUUCAACAUCAGUCCAGAAUUAACUGUAAAAGCAGAUGCUGGGGAACAAUAAUUAAAACAUAAGUCAAAUGAGAAGGUGAAAAGAAAACAGUAAUUUCACUGCCAAAUAUAGAUUUUUGGGAAUAUAAAGAUGGAUUACACCAGCAAUGUCUUUAAACUGAGCUGAUAAUGAACCACCAGAACCUCAUGAAUGAAGAAUUGAAUGAAAAACACAUUUAUAUGAGUAAUAUAGAGGAUUUGGAAUUGACAUGCUGGUACGUCUCUGCACAGUUAGGGCCAGCGCCAUAUUCUGAGAAGUCAUUUUCAUGCAGAAACAGUCCACUGGCCUUUAACAGUGAUAGAGUAUAUUAAUUUAAGCUGAUGUUUGUCCUUCAUCUCUGAUCCCUGUUUGCGUGUUGCAUACAGACGGAGUAAACUUUGGAGUGGCAUGUGAUUAAAAAACUUCAGCGCUCAUUUGAAUGCGUUGGUAAUGGAAGAAAAUCGAUAAAAAUGUGAAAAUCAUAAUCUCACCCAGGUAACUGUGCAGCCCUAAAGACAAGAUGGUGUGGCAGCUGAAUGUUGAUGAAACUGAAUGUGUAAGCAUGAAAUAUUUAUUUCUCAUUAAUGUGUUGUUGCAAUAGACCUGAGGAUGGUUGGAUUACAUCCAGUGGUGGAUUUUCAAGGAUGUUGCCUGUGGAAUUGCUAAUAGAUGUCCCCCCCUUGAGUGUGUAAUGGAAGACCUGUAAUUCGCUGUGUUCUGUUAAAAGAAGGUUAUUUGUUUUACAGGGUUGAUAUUCAUUCUUUUGGUGUAUUUUAUGUUAAAUAAUAGAAUCACCACUUGUGAAUAUUUUGUUGGAUUUCACCUCCUGUGGGAGACCUGUCAUGUCUUAAUUAUGUUUUCUUUUCUCAAAAAAAGCCUGACAUUGGACUUUGUUAUCUAACAGUACGUUUUACUAUAUAUUUAUAAAACCCUGCCAUCUGCUGGUUCAUUUAACUGCAUUUGUACUCAGUGCUUAUAGAUGCUAAUUUUGACAUUCAAGAAUAGGCCAAGUAAGGGCUGCAGUUUUUAAAAUAAUGUGCUAUAAUGUGUUUUUAUUUUACAUUUACCUUGCUACAUUGUAGUGAGUGGACUUAUCAGACGGAAACAUCCUAUACUUUUCCAAAGAUACAUUAAUUGAAGUUUAUAGUCACAUUAAAACUGCCUGUGUGAUUACUUAUUCUGUGUCUCUACUAUAAAGUAAACACUGUUGCUAUAA